UAAUAGAGUAACCCAGAGAGUAAUAGAGAGUAAUAGAGAGUAACCUAAGGAGUAACCCAGAGUAAUGGAAAGUAGACCAGAGAGUAAUAGAGAGUAACCUAAAGAGUAAUAGAGAGUAACCCGGAGAGUAAUAGAGAGUAACCUAAGGAGUAACCCAGAGUAAUGGAAAGUAGACCAGAGAGUAAUAGAGAGUAACCUAAAGAGUAAUAGAGAGUAACCCAGAGAACGUUAAGGAGCAAGUCAGGGAGUAACCCAACGUUUAGAGAAUGGAAUGAGCUGUGACAGAGUUUGUUGCCCUUCAGUAACAGCCAUUCAGACUGUUGGUGGAGGGAUGUCAAUUCUAUAUUUCUGAUGAAGCCUAUGAUUUGGGAACAACAUCUGGUCUGUGAUCAUUAUCAGCAGAUGUAUUACAAAGCAUAACAUGAAUUCUCUGGUUGCCUAUGAAUCCUCAGGUUCAGAUACAGAAAAUGAUGAAUGUGGGGCUGACGGAUGUCUUGAAAGAGAAGAUGAUCUUAUUGUUAGCCCCAAACCCCAUUUCCAGCAACUCGUGCCAAAUGCUGGAAGGUUAAAAUCUACCUGUGACUUGGCGAUGGAAAGUUCAUCACCAGGAGAUUUGAGCACAGGUACUACAGAGGAAAACAAAUGGAACGUUACACAGAUAAACUUGAAGACAGCUCCCAAAUCUCCAGAAACAACCUUGACUCUCCGAACGCGUCCUCAUCAGGGACCUCAUAUUUCUUCUAAAUGUGACCAUCAAAAUUUAUUGGGUCAGAUGCAGAAAUAUGACAAACGUCCUGCAAAGAUGAUCGCUUACGUUCAGAAAAGGUCAUUUCAAGACUCUGGGGGUACCCCUGGAAAUAUUAGACCUUACAUACCUAAAAGACUCAGGCAAGAGCAAGCGGUGUCUGGAACUGUAGAUGACGCAGAAGCCUUAAACUCAGAGAAAAAAUACACAGCUCCAGAAGAUCAGCAGUCAAAUGCGUUCAACAGAGUUUCAGACUUUAUUAAGCCUUAUCUGGAGAACCAUUCCAAAACUUCGGAAAUUCCAAAGCGCUGCUUGUUUCAGAUGUGUGAGCACAGUGGACCAGUGAAUAAAAUAGAGUGGUGUCCAAUCCAGCAACACAGUCACUUGCUUCUCUCUGCUUCCAUGGACAAGUCCUUCAAGGUAUGGGAUGCUAUUGAUACGAGCAGGUGCUUGAAGACAUACUUUUGCCACAGAGGGGCAGUUCGUGACGCUCAAUGGUCUUUGUGUGGACGGCAGAUCCUCAGUGGUGGAUUUGAUUCAAUGCUUCAUUUGACUGAUAUUGAAACAGGAAAACAAAUUGUCAGUCUUCGUAAUGAAUGUCAAAUCACCUGCCUGGCAUUCAAUCCUGUGAACCAAAGCAUCUUUCUGUCUGGAGGAUUCAGCUCAACUGUGAAAGCAUGGGAUACAAGAAAUUGCAAGGUAGUAAGUGAAUACAGUGCUGGAAUACAGCAAACACUUGACAUCCUUUUCCUUCCGGGCGGAAAAGAAUUUCUUACCAGCACAGAUGCAGCCAGCAGAGACUCAGCGGACCGAACCGUUAUUGCUUGGGAUUUCCAGACAUCUGCAAAAAUCUCCAAUCAGAUUUUUCACGAAAGAUACACCAUCCCGUGUAUGGCUGUCCAUCCAAAAGAAGCUGUUUUUGUUGCGCAGACCAAUGGCAGCUAUAUGGUGCUUUUUUCUACUCAGCGACCAUACAGGAUGAAUAAAAGAAAACGAUAUGAUGGGCAUAAGGUGGAAGGCUAUGCAGUGGGCUGUGAAUUUUCACCUGAUGGGACCCUAAUUGCUACAGGAAGUGCGGAUGGGACAGUUUAUUUUUACAACUACCUGAAUUCAAAACUAAUCCGUACUUUACCUGCCCAUGGACAGGCCUGUGUUGAUGUUUCCUUUCACCCCGUACACCCUUCUAUUAUUGCAACUUGUGACUGGAGUGGAGAAAUCAAGGUUUGGGACUAAUUCCUAACUCCACAUAUUGCGAAUAAGAAUUUAAGUCACAAGUAAGUAUCACCAGUCAUUAUUCGGCCCCUUCAUAGUACCUUAUCUAAAAAAGGAAUGCGUUGUUUCAAAGUAAAUGUGCAUCUCUUUUGAGAAAGUGUUUGAUAUUGUCCUCUUUCCUAAAAUUUAAUAAAUCCAAAUUUUCAGUCGAA